AUGACCGACAAAACCGGAGGCCUUGCAGCAGUUUCUGCUUCAGUGCAGGAGCCACAGAAUGGCUUUCACUACGCGCGACGUGGAUCAGCUGUCGACGAGGUUGUCCUUGCAAGCAAUGCAAUUGAUGGCUUUGAAGACGAAAUAAUGCAUGCACGAACUCUGUUGACGGCCGAAGAAGAGAAGAAGUUGAUGCGAAGGGUGGACUGGCGUCUCAUGACCCUCUGCUCGAUUAUGUUCCUUCUGAAGAAUAUCGACGCCGACAAUGUGUCGAAUGCUCGCAUCAUGAACAAAGGUACCCCGGGCAAUAUCAUGACACAGCUCGGCAUGACAUCGAACGAGUACAAUCUCGUCUCAACCAUCUACUAUAUCCCAUACAUCGUUGCGGAAGCCCCGUCCAACCUAUUAAUUAAGCGCAUGUUACCUUCGAGGUAG